AUGACAUGGUCGUUUGUGACGUGCCCCCACACUUCGGACAUUGCGAUGUGCAAAAAACCUGGCAGUAACGCGUUUUGGUUUGCUGUCCAGCCCGCCGGUGCGGUCAGUGGCAUCGGCUCCGUGAAGAUCAACGGCAAAGCCACGUCCUUGAUCGACUCUGCGUUCUACUUCAAACUUGAGUCCAGCCCUGGGCUCGACUUGUCCAGAGUGCAGUUUGAAGUGACCCCGGAUAGCGGCGGCGACGCCAUCACGGCCACCCUCGACAUGAGCAAGGAUGGAUGCGUGUCCACCGGCAAACAGUUUGGCCGCUCGGAUGGGUCUUCCACCGCUCCUCCAUCUUCUGCUGCACCGCCCGUGUCAUCCAAGGCCCCAUCCACGCCUGUCGCUUCAACCCUGGAACCCACCACAACCGGUUCAGUUAUCACCACGCUGUCACCAUCACCUGACGUCUCGACCUCGGAGGCUACGGCUGUGCCCCUACCGGUGUCUGAUUCCACGACGCUUCCCAUCGAUGCGAACGACCUACACAACGAAACUACAACCUCCCCACCUGUCGCGUUCUCAAUCGCCCAGUCGACGUCUUCUCCCAAUGGCGUCGAGAUUUCAGUCCAGGCCCAAGCGGAGGACCAAGGAUUGGACUUGGGGUAUUACUUGAUUCUGGCGGGUGGGUGCGUGAUGGCUGGGGUCGCCCUUGCCGCCAUUGUCCACAUCCGACGAAAGAAGUGGGAAGACAAGGACAGUGACUUGGACUUCAAUGACGCACAGACGGCGAUUGCCGCGCACCGAAAGUUUCUCGCCACAUGCACGUCGCAAGCAUCCGAAGAAGUUGUCUCCAAGUUCAUAAGGUGUGUCCAUCACGCACUCACGGCAAUUCAAACCGACAACGCCCUCGUCAACUCAACGUUCCACGACGAGUUGCUCGGUAUCGAAUCCGACCUGAUAGCACUCCGUGAUUCGACUCAUGAAUCCAUAUUUCCUACGACGAGCGAGUUGCGGCGACGACGCCACGUUGCUGAAUUGCUUCGACAAUCCAACCGUUCCGACGAUCCCGUCGGUGCAAUCUUGUCUCAAGUAGAAGGAAAAGCAGUGAGCACCUGGGAAGACAAGAAGCUCAGUCUCAUGGACGACGACUUCAUGACGUUCUCGACAGACGAUCUGUCUUUGUCGUCAACUCCCCCCAAGCCCUCGCUUAGCGCCAUACGGGAUCAAUUGGGGUUGUUACCAAAUCGACCGACCAGUGGACGCAGUUUGUCGGCGUCCAAGAGCAUCGAAGUCAAGGAAUCCCUUGAGAACGAAUUGCAGGCGCUGUCGAGCCGCCUCAAGCACGCGACACAUGGACUGAACCAAAAUCUAAAGGAAGACGCGCAUUUGCUCGACCAAGUUGCGUCCGAUGCCGAGGCGAACCAGGCCAAGCUCGAGGAAGAGAACCGCAAGCUCACGUUGCAUCGGAAGGCGCGGAUCGGGUUGUGGGCCGCGAUGUACCAUGUCGUGGGUCUCUUUGUCGUAUUUAUUGGCAUGUACAUUCUCAUGAAGAUUUGGUCCACGCGGCACUACCCCCUCUUGUAG